UGGGGCGGUACUGCUGUUUUGCUGUCGAGUCACCUCUGUCAGGAUGGAGGAAAACGAACUGCUAUCAUGCUGAAAAUCGAAGGAUCCCAACAACCGAGCAUCAUCCACCGGGAUAGUUAGAAACAAGUCACCGUUUAUCUUCACUGCUGUAUUUGUUUAUAUAACGCUUUGCCAAAAUGAUGGAAGAAAUCGACCGGUUCCAAGUACCUCCAGUCAACGGAGAGACCCAGCCUUUGGACCCAGCUGCAACCUCCACCUCAGAGGCAGACCCUGACACAAAGGGAGAGUCUGUGGCCAUGAACUACAAGCCGUCACCACUGCAAGUCCAAAUAGAGAAACAGAGGGAUCUUGCCAGGAAGGGAUCAGUGAAGAAUGGCACUGUGGGAAGCCCUGUCAAUCAGCAGCCUAAGAAGAAUGCCAGGACAAGGUUGGUCGUGCCAAAUAAAGGCUACUCCUCUUUAGACCAGAGCCCAGAUGAGAAGCCCCUGGUGGCACUGGACACUGACAGUGACGAUGACUUCGACAUGUCCAGAUACUCGUCAUCAGGAUACUCCUCAGCCGAGGUGAGAUGUCUGAGGGACCAGCAGAUCAACCAGGACCUGAACAUCCAGCUCCUGAAGGAUGGGUACCGGCUCGAUGAGAUCCCAGAUGACGAGGAUCUGGAUCUGAUCCCCCCCAAAGCAGUCAACCCCACCUGCAUGUGCUGCCAGGCUGCUCCCUCCACAGCCUGUCAAAUCCAGUAGCACCCCCCGCCCCCCCCCCCAAAAAAAACAACCCUCCUGCCUGCCAUCUGCACUGAAGCCAACUAUUGACCAGAGUGGCAGAAAGGUGGAAAAACUAUCCGCUGGCAGAGGCACAAAGGGAAAAAUAGGGUUUAUAAAGGCUAAAUUAAGAGAUGUAGAUAGGUCUUGAGGAAAAGAAUCAAUAUGUACAGUAUCUGUGCACGUUCCUCCUAUGGUUGGAUCUGUGCAUCUUACUCGAUUGAUGGCAAAAACAUUACCUCUAAGGAAAACACGUUACUUUUGCUUCUUUUUCCUUCGACUUCCAUCUCGCGCUUGUGGAUAAGGACCAUGAAGGAUGUUGGAGAAGAAUCGGUUGACAGGAAUUCAAAUAACUGAAAUGGUGACAAGGCGACAUAACUGUGGCUGUGCGUCUUCCAUGGAGUCUAAUUCUACGAGUCGACCAUGGUCAGAUUGGAAGGACAAUAAGAGAUUGGAAGUGUUGGUAGUGGCCAUUUCUGCUCUGUCUUCCUGUGUGUAUAUAUGUGUCAGAUGACAUACUGUAUGUGUGUCUGAAAAUGUCCAAGAAAGAAGUGCUCAGCCAUCAAGCUGCUGAUGAAACACUAAUGCUUACACUCACAACACUAUGGGAGUAAUUCCAGUCUUCUUUUUCAAGUUUGUCUGUUACACCCAGGUUGUUUUCAUUGCUUAAUUGUUUAAUAUUCGGUUAAAAGAAGCUGAGAACAAGUAGUUUUUGCAUGUUGCCUGUUAACACUGUCCUAUUGACCGGCUUGCAGAGUUUUUAUCGACCUCCUAACACAUCCUUGUGCUGAAGAAACAUUAAGUGAAGCGUGCUUUUAAAAAAACACAAAGUUAUUUAAAAUCUAGGUACACUCACUGUAAUUUCAGUAGGUAGAGAGAAAACUGUCAAAGAUAAUGUCCGAACAGCUCACAAGUUAGCGUCUACUUUUUGUUUGUCCAUGUUAGCCCCCACAUGUGUGAAUGUGUACAAGGAGCACAAAGGCAGUCACCACCAUGAAUGUUGUUACAAAAUAUUAAUAGUGAUAUUAAUACGAGGUUUAGAAUAUGUACAAAUACAUAGAAAAGUUGUGCAAUUUUGACCGUACCUGUUGUGGGUUCAGAAGAAUGUCUUUAAAGUGAUUCCAUAUUGCCAGAAUGGAAAUGGUAUGAGACUCGUUUUUUUUUAAGUGUACAGGGUUUGUAUGGUUGUACAUUUGUGCAUAGCCCCCUUUAGGUAUUAAUAUAAACAAUUAUUUGAAUUUGAUUUUGACAAGAAGUGUAUAUGUAGCACAGGACAAAGCUGUGUAUUGUCUAUGUUUUUUUUGCCAAUUGAUAAUUCCCAUGACGUUGAAGAGUACGUUUUUAGGAAGUACAGAACCGCAAACUGUUUAUAUUCGUCACGUUUACAUCACUCUAAAGACAUAUCUAGAAGAUUAAGUCACCUGCAUGUGAAUCUGCUCUGAAACAACAGAUCCCAAAAACACAAAAUGCACAUUUUGACUAGUAUGACACCUAAAAACAUUUUCUAUUUAGCAAAUCAUGAACCUAGAUACACUGUUAUUUCUGUUCAUAUGACUACAGUUCUAAAUAUGUGUGCACUUUACACUGUGGUGUAAGUUAUUCUCUCAUGACGAGUUGAAGUGUAUUCUGUCGACUCAAGGGAUUUAAGAUUAGGAUGUGAAACGACUUUUUAAAUCUACUAUGAACAACUUUAUCUAGAUUAACUUUGUGCACAUAUUGCAGCGUUAUUGGAAAACCUUGCAUUCAUCUUCAUCUGCUGAUUUUAUUAACACAUUUACAAUUUGUUUACAUUUUCAUGAUAAUCAAUACAGGAACAACAGUGGAAAAAGAACCUCUCUUAGAGCUUUUUAUGUUAAAGAUGUGCCAGAUAAGUAAGAAUGGUCCACAAAGGAAGAGGUAUUUGUGCUGUGGUCAAAACAUUUAAUGAACAGUGGCAUAUAUAUGAAGAGUGAAGGAACUAAAAGCUACUUGGAAAGUGAACAAAAAUGCUAGUACCAUCUGUUAACACGUAAAAGGGCAUUUCCUUUCCAUGAUACUGCCCCAAUGUUUCUACAGCAUUGAAGUUACAAAAGUAUUUGAAAAAAAUGAAUUUGCUAAAUAUGGUGCCAUGUGCGUAGAUUAUAAAACAACUUGAAUUAAGUAGAAAACAUGGAUAGUUCAAUAGGUGACGAAGACGGCUACUAGCUGAGGUGUGUUGCACCAGUGGCUGUGUACAAUUAGCACUAACUUUGAGGAAAUGGUGCUGAGUUUCUUUUUCUUCUUUCAUUGACAUCAUGCUUUUUGAUUCACUCACAGGCUGUCGGAGGCCAGUAUUGUGUCACUGGGGUGUGUAGCUUCACUAAUCUCUUGACUCUACAAUAAUGUGUUGUAACAUAAGCUAUUUAUUUGCAGUUGUGUGUUUUUAAUUUAUUUUAAAGAAUGGGAAGUAAUGCAUAUCCAGACUGAAGCUUUUUAUUUUUGUUUGUUUGUCAGGUGCUUAUAAUGAUGAUUGUGAACUGGUUCCAUUUAGAUUUUAACAGUGUCAAAGUUCUGUGUAUAGUGCAACAUAUCAAAAAUAAAUAUUAGAUAUCUGCAGUU